AUUAAUUAAAAAAAUAACAACAAAAUUAGAAAGUAGGAAAAAAAUGGCGGCUCCAGCAGUGGAGGGAGUAGCCGUGACGGCCCUCCGGUCUGUUCUACUCCGAGUACGACAGGCAGCAGAACGGGCAGGGACUCAACCCGAACGUGUCCGUUUUGUGGCCGUUUCGAAGACUAAACCCGAGUCACUUAUCCGGCAAGUGUACGACGCUGGUCACCGCCGUUUCGGCGAAAAUUAUGUCCAAGAAUUUGUUCAAAAAGCCCCUCAGCUGCCUGAGGAUAUUGAGUGGCAUUUUAUUGGACAUUUACAGAGUAACAAGGUUAAGACGCUUCUCGGCGGAGUGCCAAAUCUGGCCUUUUUUGAGGGUGUUGACAAUGAGAAGAUCGCAAACCAUCUUGAUCGUGCAGUUUCAAGCCUCGGGAGAAACCCUUUGAAGGUUUUUGUACAAGUAAAUACAAGCGGAGAAGCAUCAAAAGCAGGGAUAGAUCCGUCAGUUUGUGUUCGGCUUGCAGAACAUGUUAAAUUGCGUUGUCCGCAUUUGGAGUUUUCUGGCUUAAUGACUAUAGGGAUGCCGGACUACACCUCAACACCUGAGAAUUUCAGGACACUAUCAAACUGUAGAGCUGAGGUUUGUAAGGCACUUGGAAUGGAAGAAGAUAAAUGUGAGCUAUCAAUGGGCAUGUCCGGCGACUUUGAACAAGCGAUUGAAAUGGGCAGUACAAAUGUGAGGAUUGGCUCCACCAUUUUUGGACCAAGGGACUACUCAAAGAAGUAACUAAAUUUAUGUCUUCAGAAUGUGUUGGAUGUGUAUUAACCAAUUCUAAUCUAUGAUCUUUUGUAAUAAGCCCAAUGCAAUA